UACCAAAUCACGAAAUGAGCCGUCCUACUCGUACCAUGCGCGACAUGUAUAAAUCUAGCUUGGUCAAUAAGCAACGGCCCAAAAGCGUGGGAAGAUUGCGCGGCAGGUACCUAUUCCGAGCGAUCGUGAGGCUCGUGAUCGAGUACAAGGAAUGGCUGUACGAGGAUCAAGCGCAGCACAUGGACUCGAAGCUCGACGAAGGCGGCGACGGCGGCGAAAUCGGCGUCAACGUCAUGUCGCGCAAACACGCGCGCAAAGACAAUCAAGAGUUCACCGCCAAGGACCGUUCGAUUCUACUCAUUCCACCGGACAAGAGGUCGAAGGAAGAAGCCGCCCACUUGGAGUGCUUGACGCGCGACUUGAAGGCCUUCAAAAAGUACCCCGAGGACGUGCGCGACGCGUUGGCGCGCGAGUGCACCUACCAGUACGUACCUGCGGGCAGGACGAUCGUCAGGCAGGGUCACAAGGCCUACACGAUGUACUUCGUCGUCAGGGGAGAGCUGGAAAUUUUCAUGGACGUCGUGGACGAGAAAACCGGUGAAGUCACGGGUCAGAACGAGGUUGGAUUGCUGCAACCCGGCGACAUGAUCGGUGAAAUCGCUCUUCUGCACAAUAUUCGACGAUCCGCCACGGUGAUCAGCAAAACUUCGGUGGAUCUGCUGCUAAUCACGAGGUCGCUGUUUCGCGAGUACCUGAGAGACAUUCUGAUGAAUCAGUGGGACCAACUGCACGACGUCCUGCUCAAUUUCAAUUACUUCAAGGGCUGGAGCGAGAAGACCAUGCGAGAGUGCUGGAUCGUCAGCAAAGUCGUCAACUACGACACGAACGACAUACUGCUGGGUGAUGGCAAGGGUAUGGUUCACUACGUGUACUUCGUAAUAUCCGGAGAGUGCAGAUUGAUCGAGCACAUGCUGGUCGAAAAAUACUAUCUGAGGAACAAAGUCAAGUACAAAUUGUUCGAUAGCUCGACGAUGGAGAGAAAUCCGCGUCGCAGAGCGAGCAGAAGCAGAAGAAUCGUCGCUUCCGACGACGAUUUGAGCUCGUUGAAUUUGGACACCGACAAGCGCGACGAGACACCCGACUUCAUGAAAAUACUUGAAAAAAAGAAAAAAGCCGUAAAUCAUGUCGCCAUGGAUCGCAUAAGCGUCAUCACCGUGACGCUCCAAGACGUCUUGAACCAAUGGCACGAAAUAACUGAUGUCGUAGAGAUGCUGAUCAAGCAGCCGUCGACGGCGAGUAUGCAGGAUUAUCCGGAAAACGUCAAGACCGUGUUCAUGCAGAUCGGGAUGUUUUAUCGCGGCGCUUGCUUUGGUUUAGGCGAAACGAUGAGAAAUCGUCGGAUCAUCGCAACGACGCCGGUCAAGUGUCUGCUGAUACCGAAUUUCUGGCUCACGCAGCACAAUCGGGCCAACAUCUGGGACAGAGUCAAGAGUUUCCUGAACUCCAAGUAUCCCAGCAACAAGGAACUGCUCCAAAAGUACGUGGAGAAUAAAAAGUGGGCCGGGUACAAGCAGGACUACGUGAAAGAGCUCAUGAAGAACGGCCGACAGAUACCUCUGGAUACGAAACUCUACGAUGUUCCGUACUCGAUUAGAAUCAAUGCCAUAUCCACGGAUUAG